AUGGCACAAGCAAGUGAUCAGACACUCCCAAAAGACACCCUCUACUUUCCUGCAAAAGACCGCGAGUUCCUUGAGCCUCAUCUGCCACAAAAAGAUGGCCUGGACAGCAACAAAUGCUUUGCAACAUUGACAUUUGCAACCUCGCUCGACUCUCAGCUGGCCUUGUCUCCCGGUGCACCAACACAGCUCUCCGGACCGCAGUCCAAGGCGAUGACCCAUUAUCUACGCUUUCGACACGACGCUAUCAUGAUUGGCGUGGGCACUGCCGUGGCCGACAACCCCUCACUCAAUUGCCGGCUAGAAGGCGCCGGUGGCUACGGUGGCUCGGACCUCAUAGGCCAGCCAAGACCGGUCAUCAUCGACCCGACAGCACGCUGGGAUUUCAGCGAGAAGAACAAGAUAUUCGUCUUGUGCCGCGAGGGCCGUGGCAAGGCGCCGUAUAUCAUCACGGGGGAGCAGAAUCCGCCGGCUGAACAAAAGAAAAUCCUCGAGGAACAUGGCGGAAAGUUCAUCACCUUGGGCAUCAAGACUUCUGACAUUGGCAGCCACCGUUUGGACUGGUCGGAGCUUCUCCAAACCUUGAAGGCCGAGGGGCUGGACAGUGUUAUGAUUGAGGGUGGGGGGCAGGUCAUCAACUCCCUCCUGGAUCCCGUCUUUCAGCCUUUGAUCGAUUCCAUCAUUGUAACUAUCGCCCCUACCUGGCUGGGACAAGGCGGAGUCGUUGUGUCCCCCUCACGCCAGGUCGACGAGCAUGGCAAGCCUCGUGCAGCCGCGAGGCUCAAGGAAGCCAAGUGGUAUCCAUUUGGUGAGGAUGUCGUCUUGUGCGGCCGAGUCAAGCUGUAG